CCCAAGGUGUUUCAAAUGGUGGACUCCUGAAACAUCGACCUCGACCUCCCUUGCCAUCAGCAGCUCAGAAAGCUAUUAUUGGGGUAAGAUCUGGUUUGGUUGGCUUGGCUAUAGUAUCUUUCUGUUUAUACUUUUAGUUUUGUCCCCCCUCUCCAGUGCGUAAAAACGGCUGUGUCUGGAGAGGGGAGAGGAAAUAACAUAUCAAUAUCAUUAAGUACACUACCCCCCCUCCCCCCGAUCAACUCUCUCUGGUAUUACUUAUAGCUUCCGUUCUUCGAUUCGGAAUUAAUUGACCUGAAUCACCCUUCUCUUUCUCAACCUCCGAAACCAAAACCCCAAAUGUCAUUAACAAUCAAACACCUCAACGCAGACACCAGUUUCCUCCUAUCAUUCUCCCCUCCCAAUCAUCAUCAUCCUAAUUCAGACCAGACCCCCUUCCCUCCAAACCACCAACACCACCAACAACCAAAACCAAACCCAAAACCAUACACCAUCCUACUCGACCCCUGGCUCACCGGCCCCUCCAUCAUCGGCCGCUCCUGGUUCGCCCUAUCCCACCACACCACCCCAUCAUGUAUAACCCACCUCUCCGCCCUUCCGGAGCCCGAUCUCGUCAUUAUAUCUCAAAAUAAGCGCGAUCACUGCCACGAAGCGACUCUACGACAAUUACCCCGAGAUACGAAAGCCGUCAUUGUUGCGGAGCCCGCUGCCGCGAGGACGAUUCGGGGGUAUAAUCAUUUUGAGAGAACGGAGCGGAUCGUGGCUUUGAGGAAAUAUAGGCAUAGUCAUAGUCAUGGUCAUUGUUCUGAGAAGAAGAAAGGAGGGGGUGACGAGAGUGUUUUGAGAUUUGGGAUUCCGGCCCUGGGGUCAGAGGGGGAGGAAGGGGAGGUUACGGUGGCGUUUAUACCGGCGAGGAAUUAUGCUAUGGGGGUGCAUAAUGCGAUUGGGAUUACUUAUCGGGCGCCGACGGCUGAGAAAAGGAGGAGGAGGGAUGGGAGUAGCAGUGAGAAGAAAGCGGGAAUGGUUGUGAAUGAGGUAGUUGAGUCUGAGAUGCAGGGAAGGGUGUUGGAGCGGAUUGUGAGCCCAGUAUUAUUGAUGAGGAGGUUAUCUACAUCUAUGAGGAAUAUCGCUGCGAGGAUAAAAGAAGUCAAGGUCUUGAGGGCUUCAUCAUCAUCGACAUCUCGUCUGUCGGAAACAGAAACUAAGAACGACAAUAAAAUCGAUCCCAAACAACUACAACAACAACAACGAACCGAACCUCUCCAAGUCCCAGACCUUCUCCUCCCACCUACGCCGCCGGAAACGCCUCUAUCUGCAUCGACAUUCGACUCGAAUCCACCGGCCAUUUUCACACCAACGACAAUCAACACGACUGCUUCAAGUUCCUUGAUGCCUUUAGAAAAAGCCACCGAGGCGCAGACACAAUCUCAGCCUCUUCUUUCUCCUAACCCUCACCCUCCCAGAGACGAGGAGGAGGAAGAGGACUCAAUAUCCACUUCCCAAAUAGCAAUCCUAUAUACACCCCAUGGUGUACCCUUGAAUCCAGACCUACAGCCAUAUAUCACGCAUCAUCUCUCUCCUAAUGGCUUCCUCCCUCUUACUCUACUUCUUCAUUCUCUCAACCGAUCCCAUAACCCGUGGUACCUGGGCGGGACGAUCACCGCUGGUGCCAAGGGCGGGGGCGUCGAGAUCGCUUGCGCCCUCAAGGCACGAUAUUGGAUAGGUGCGCAUGAUGAAGAGAAGGAUAAUCGGGGUUGUGGAGUGAAGUUGUUACGGACGGAGAGGAAUGAUAUCGAGGAGGUGAGGAGGGCGUUGGAGAAAGCGGGUUGUGGUUGUGGUUGUGGAGAGAAAGAUAGGGGAAGGUGUGAGGUUAGAGUGUUGGAUGUUGGUGAGGAGGAAGUUAUUUUAUCGGGUACUUAAUGGGAGGAUAGGAUGGUGUAGAUAGAUCUAGAUAAAGGGGGUUGUGUUAAUCUCCACUGCGAAACGAUUGACG